AUGGAGUCCCUCUCAGCCCCUAUCCGCAGAGGACCUGUCACCUGGCACGGGCUCCUGCUGGCUGGCUUCACGUGGUACAGGUGGGAAGCAGAAUACUCCAAUGGUAAUAUUGCAACUCUUACACUGCAAGAAAGAAGGUAUACAACAGGGCCGGCAUACAGCGGUCGAGCAAAGAUAAACUUUGAUGGAUCCUUGCAGUUAAAGAAGGUCACCCUGACGGACACAGGAAUCUACACCGUAAUAGUCCAACUUCCAGACUCAAAACAAGAAAUAGGAUUUGGACGGCUCGAUGUAUACAAGCCAGUGAGCGUGCCCUCACUCCUAGCCAGCAAGACAACAGUCAUGGAGCAUAAGGAUUCCGUGGUCCUGACCUGCUACACAAAUGCAGUCUCCAUCCAGUGGUUCCUCAAUGGCAUGAAUCUGCAGCUGACAGAGAGGAUGAAGCUGUCCUGGGAAAACAAAAUUCUCACCAUAGACCCUGUCAGGAGGGAGGAUGCUGGGAAUUACCAGUGUGAAGCGUCCAACCCCAUCAGUUCUGCUAAAAGUGUACCACUGACAUUGUCAUUAUUGUUGACUUAA